UGGGCUUGCUUUGUUGGGUUUUUUUUCCCCCCUCCCCUCAAAAACCCACGGAAUUUUCAUGUUGCUUAACUCGCCAUGUCCUCCUAAGCCAUAAAUAUUAGAAAAAAAAAAGUUUGAAUUCUUUAAAAAGAAACUGCUAUCAGAGUUACCCAAAGUUGAUGGAAGCGGCCUCUUCAGUUUGUGACGAGCUGUCUGGUACUGGCGUUGUGUGGGUCUUGUUUUUGUGUGCCUGUGGUACCAGCUCCAGGGGAGACAGUUUCAGAAAGAGACAAACAACAAAAUGAACAAUCCAGCUAUUAAGAGAAUAACAAAUGAAAUUAUCAAAUCACCUGAGGAUAAAAGAGAAUAUCGUGGACUGGAAUUGGCAAAUGGCAUUAAAGCUCUUCUCAUUAGUGACCCCACCACAGAUAAGUCUUCAGCAGCGCUUGAUGUGCACAUAGGAUCCUUGUCAGAUCCCCCCAACAUUGCUGGGCUUAGUCAUUUUUGUGAGCAUAUGCUGUUCCUGGGAACCAAGAAAUAUCCAAAAGAGAAUGAGUAUAGCCAAUUUCUUAGCGAGCAUGCCGGGAGCUCAAAUGCUUUCACGAGUGGAGAACAUACCAAUUAUUACUUCGAUGUCUCACAUGAACAUCUAGAAGGUGCACUAGACAGAUUUGCCCAGUUUUUCCUGUGCCCUUUGUUUGAUGAAAGCUGCAAAGACAGGGAAGUGAAUGCUGUUGAUUCUGAGCAUGAGAAGAAUCUGAUGAAUGAUGCCUGGAGGUUGUUUCAGUUGGAGAAAGCUACUGGAAACCCCAAUCAUCCCUUCAGUAAAUUUGGAACAGGGAACAAAUUCACUCUGGAAACUAGACCAACCAAAGAAGGAAUAGAUGUAAGACAAGAGCUAUUGAAGUUUCAUUCUACUUACUACUCAUCAAAUUUAAUGGCUAUUUGUGUCUUAGGAAGAGAAUCGUUGGAUGAGCUGACUUGCUUAGUGGUAAAGUUAUUUUCAGAAGUAGAGAAUAAAAAUGUCCCUAUACCAGAGUUUCCUGAACAUCCUUUCCAAGAAGAACAUCUCCGGCAACUUUACAAAGUGGUACCUAUUAAGGACAUUAGAAAUCUUUAUGUCACGUUUCCUAUACCAGACCUUCAGAAGUACUAUAAAUCAAACCCUGGCCAUUACCUUGGUCAUCUGAUUGGGCAUGAAGGCCCGGGGAGUCUUUUAUCGGAGCUUAAAGCCAAAGGAUGGGUAAAUACUCUUGUUGGAGGACAGAAGGAAGGUGCUAGAGGUUUCAUGUUUUUCAUCAUUAACGUGGACUUGACAGAGGAAGGACUUUUGCACGUUGAAGAUAUUAUUUUGCACAUGUUCCAAUAUAUUCAAAAACUACGUACAGAAGGACCUCAAGAAUGGGUUUUCCAAGAGUGCAAGGAUCUAAAUGCUGUGGCAUUCAGAUUUAAAGAUAAAGAACGACCACGAGGUUAUACAUCAAAGCUUGGAGGAAUGCUGCAUUAUUAUCCUAUAGAAGAAGUAUUGGCUGCUGAGUAUUUGCUUGAAGAAUUCAGGCCUGAUUUAAUAGAGAUGGUACUGGAUAAAUUGAGACCAGAAAAUGUCCGAGUUGCAAUAGUUUCCAAGUCUUUUGAAGGAAAAACUGAUCGAACAGAAGACUGGUAUGGAACACAGUACAAGCAAGAAGCAAUUUCUGAUGAAGUUAUUAAGAAAUGGCAAAAUGCUGACCUGAAUGGGAAAUUCAAGCUUCCAAUGAAGAAUGAGUUCAUUCCUACUAACUUUGAGAUUUUGCCAUUGGAAAAAGAUGCGACCCAGUACCCUGCCCUCGUCAAGGACACUGCUAUGAGCAAACUAUGGUUCAAGCAAGAUGACAAGUUUUUUUUGCCAAAAGCUUGUCUCAACUUUGAAUUUUUCAGUCGCUACAUUUAUGCUGAUCCUCUCCAUUGCAACAUGACAUACCUGUUUAUCAGGUUAUUGAAGGAUGAUUUAAAAGAGUAUACAUAUGCAGCACGCCUCUCAGGUUUGAGCUAUGGCAUUGCAUCAGGAAUGAAUGCAAUACUUCUUUCUGUAAAAGGUUAUAAUGACAAGCAACAUAUCUUGCUCAAGAAGAUCAUUGAGAAAAUGGCUACUUUUGAGAUUGAUGAAAAACGAUUUGAAAUUAUCAAGGAAGCGUACAUGAGAUCACUGAACAACUUCAGGGCUGAACAGCCUCACCAGCAUGCAAUGUAUUAUCUCCGACUCCUGAUGACAGAAGUUGCUUGGACCAAAGAUGAAUUAAAAGAAGCUCUAGACGAUGUUACUCUUCCCCGCCUCAAGGCCUUUAUAGCUCAACUGUUGUCACGGUUACACAUCGAAGCUCUUCUCCAUGGCAAUAUAACAAAACAGGCUGCAUUAGGAAUUAUGCAGAUGGUUGAAGACACUCUCAUUGAGCAUGCUCAUACAAAGCCACUCCUUCCCAGUCAGCUAGUGAGAUACAGAGAAGUGCAACUUCCUGACAGAGGUUGGUUUGUAUAUCAACAGAGAAAUGAAGUUCAUAACAAUUGUGGCAUUGAAAUAUAUUACCAGACAGACAUGCAGAGCACUUCUGAGAAUAUGUUUUUGGAGCUCUUUUGUCAAAUUAUCUCAGAACCAUGCUUCAAUACUCUGCGCACCAAGGAACAAUUAGGUUACAUUGUGUUCAGUGGUCCACGUCGGGCAAAUGGCAUACAAGGACUGCGAUUUAUUAUCCAAUCUGAAAAGCCACCACACUAUUUAGAAAGCAGAGUUGAAGCGUUUUUAAAAACUAUGGAGAAAUGCAUAGAAGACAUGACAGAAGAGGCCUUCCAAAAACACAUCCAAGCUUUAGCAAUUCGUCGUCUAGACAAACCAAAGAAGCUGUCUGCAGAAUGUGCUAAGUACUGGGGAGAAAUCAUUUCCCAGCAAUACAACUUCGACAGAGAUAACAUUGAAGUGGCUUAUCUAAAGACCCUGACCAAGGAUGAUAUUAUACAGUUCUACAAGGUGCUGUUGGCAAUAGAUGCUCCCAGACGACACAAGGUAUCAGUACACGUCCUUGCAAGGGAAAUGGAUUCCUGCCCUGUUGUUGGAGAAUUUCCAUGCCAAAAUGAUGUGAACCUGGCACCAGCACCACCACUACCACAGCCAAAUGUGAUUGAAAAUAUGACAGAAUUCAAGCGCAGUCUGCAACUCUUUCCACUGGUGAAACCACAUAUCAAUUUCAUGGCUGCAAAACUGUGAAGAACCCCACUGGAUGAAGAAAUGCAAAUGAUCAGCACUGGCAUGGUUUCAGGGGACUUCAUGAUGAACAAAAUUAUUAAAGAUCAUUAGGAUAAAUGGUUCUGUCCGUUAUGAAAGUCCCAAAUUCCUUCUUGGUUCAUUUGACAUUAGCUGUGUGUUAGGGAUAGAGAGUAUAUAAAAAUCAGUUGUGGUCAUGUGUCAUUUAUAUUACAGACAACCUGUUGAAAACAAUCAACUGAAACAAUAAUAAUAAACUUGUAGAUGCAGUAUAUUUUUAAUAUAGUAAAUCCCUUCAAAUUUUCAUUUUGAUAAAAUAACCCUCCAGAGCAAACAAAAUUGCUUGAAAUAUCCUUGUUACUCCUGAAAAACACCAUAUAGUAUCCCAGUAAUUACCUUAUUGGGGGCUGGAGGGGGUGAGAAGAGUUUUUAGGAUGGGGUCAACAAUUUUUCUUAAAAGUAGAGACUUUCACAUUUUUUUGAAGUGACGUGUUGAAUGAUACUUUUUUAAUUGAUCCUUAAUGCAACCAACAUAUUUUCUAUUUAAGUUUUAUGAAGAUCAGUGGGGGGAAAAAAAAGGAAACUUGACAACACAGUCGUGGGAGGAUUGUCUUAAUGAGAAUAAUUGAAGAUAAGGGCAUGAUUUUAAUCUUUCUAUACAAAUUUGGGGACAUUUUAUAUUAAAACUAGUAAAAUGCUGGAAACACUUUAAUAGUGCAUCUUAUUUUUGUUAUCAAGUGUUGUCCCAGUCUCUCGAUACUGUCAACAUCGUGUUCAGUUUUUCAGUGUUACUGUGAAUCAUUUCCAUGUGGUAUAUAAAAUACUUUAUUUGGGUGUCAUUUUUUUUUUCAGUUGCGCACAUACCGAUGGAGAACUCGGUCUGUUUUGCCUCAUGUGUUAUGUAGGUCUCAGUCCAGCAGAGUACUUACUACUGCACAUAACUUCAAGCAUCCGUUAGUUCUUGACUCGAGAACAGGUGAAUGUCAAAUACGGGCCCUGUAAUGAAUGAGAUGCAUCUUUGUUCUGAUACUUCUCUGUGGGUCCUUCUCGUCCAUGAGGAUGGCAUCUGGGACAGCGCAGUGCUGGGUUAGCAGAGCUGCUGUAGCACAGGGUCUGGUUCAGGUUACAUCACAAAAUGUUCGUUCCUACUUCUUUUAAGAGGGCUGCGCAAAACCCAGAAGGCUCAAGAAUUAUGCCGAAAUACUAUAUGCCUAUAUAUUCCAUAAUUUAGUGAAAUGGUAAAACGAUACAUGGUGUCUAAUCUUCACCAAAUUUCCUGACUUCUGCGGAGUGGUCUAGUGCUUGGGACAGACCCCAGCUAGAAAAGGUAAGGGAGCAUCUUGCUAAGUUCUCGCUAAAAGAACCUGAAACAAAGGCCCUGAUGUGACAUGCGUGUUGUCAUACAUCAGCAUCCUGGUGUAUUCAGUAGAGCUGUUCUUGUCAUUGAAUCAAUGUUCUUUCUUACACUGGCUCUGAAGCCAAAUUAAAUGAAUGCUUGACAGGGUAAGGGCCUUAAGUUGUGUUUAUCUGAGAGUCUCUUCUAAUUGAAUAAAUACAGUGUAUUUAAAAGUUGUUUUAAAGGUUAACAGUACAUGUUUCAACAUCUUACAAUAAAUUUGAUGAUAGUUUGUGAUGUAACCUGUUGCUAAGGAAGGCCACUAGCAUUUUUUUGUAGCCUGAGGAGAAAAAAAAUUAAAUAUAGUAUAAGCAAAACCAGUAAAGGUGUCUUUGUUCACCGCAUUUUUCAUGAAUCCUUCAUAUAAAAUGGGCUUUUUACCCUCUUGCAUUUCUCUUUUGUUUAUACUUUUCCUUCAGUAAAAGUAUUUGUAUUAUAUAUUAUAUAUAUUAA